AUGGACUCGCUCGACCUGAACACUCACAGGGCGCUGCUGCUGGCUUUAGCGAGCAACUGCGCUCAGAGCUCUUCGUCCAUUUCGGGCGCAUUGUCCAAGAAAGUCACCGUCAAUGGUACAGAUGAUGAGCAUAUUGCUCGAGCUGCGACAGGUGACUCGCCCGUCCUAGCACGACAGAACAACGAGAAGCAGACGAACGGUGUCUAUCAGCCAGUCUCAAAUACAGAGGCAGCCCAGGCACGUGAACAGAAAGCAGCCCGCGGUGGUGUGCUAGGUUCUUUGGCAACGUUCUUGCUUGGGCCUAUUGUGGACAGUACAUUGUCGACUUCUUCGAGCGGCGUCGUCUCUGCACGUUUGAGUCCUCAGGCUCUCGACCGUCAGAUUGCAUACGCACACUACGUGACCGUGCUCUCCAAUGCCAAACACGACAGGGCAGCCGCACAAACUUCGUCCAUCCAAGAGGGUACCCAUCUCAACGGCAAGCCCUACUCUAUCAACGACGAUGCCAGCGGCGCAGAGCAAGCUAGCAUGGAGGAACGGAUCAUCAAGAUGGCAGAUGCUCUGCCUGAUCUCGUCCUUGAUCGCUACACCCCGCUCCCAUUGCCUGCAGGUUCCACAAUCGCAAUUGCAGGCGGGAAUUCGGGCCCGAUACCCAUUGACGAGCUUGCGUACGCACUCGUCGAAGCACUGCUGAGCCUCUCUUCGGCCGCAGCUGCCAAGGGAGAUCGCUACGUCUCUGCCGUCUUGCAACUCGGUCAGAAGCUGCAGGCUCGCCUCGUCCAAGACGAUGCUACACGCUUGGCAUGCCACACCAUGCCGGCCUACAACGGCUUUCGCCGUGCUAUCGCGACUACGCCUCACACGUUUUCGUUGAGCUCGCUUGAUCUCCUUACGCCUUUCACGCUUGACAAGCUCGAGGACAUCGACCAUACACUGAAGCGCGCUGAUUCCACUCAGACGUCUUCAUUCGCAAUCUCACUUCCUCGAUUUGGCACUAGUACAGCCAAUCAGGCUGCUCAAAGCGAAGACAAGGUCUGGGCUCAGAUCGUACUGGACCGCUACGAGACAGCCGGAAGACCUCUGAGCGUGACCAUGCUUCAGCUAGCCAGUCUACAGGUCAGCGCUGCUAUCGUUGGUCCUGCGCUUCUGCCGUCGGCCGCAUCCGCUGAGGGUCCAGAUGGGAUGAAAGCUGGCCUUCGUGCAACCAUGCCUGCUGAUCAGUAUGUCUGGACGACGCUACUCGAGAAUCCGAUAUCUGUCCGUGCUACCGCAGACGGAAGUGCCCGGAGCUCUAUUCAUACAGCAUUCAAGCUUGCCAUCGAUAGCUAUGCACAAUCACUUGAGCUGCUCAGCGUCGGACUCGAUGAUGGCGAUGACGAGGUUCAGCCGGAUGCUUAUGCUGUCGACAUUAUUGUGCAAGCUCUUAAAUUGGCUACGCUCGCGGAUCUCGCUUCGAACGAGAAUGCGCCACAUGACCAAUUGCUCGCGGUUGUGAAGAAGCUCACAAGCGAAGACGCGCCCUUCUACGAUGCACGCAUUCAGGCUAUAGCGUUGGACGCGCUUGUUAUUCUCAUGCGCAACUAUGCAGGCCUUUCGACAAAGCUUACGACGCAUAUCAGACGAUAUGUUACGUCUCCUAUCGCGCUCUUUGAGGCCGACGCCGGCGCGCUUGCCCCUACGUCUCUCACAGAUGCUGCCAAGACGCUCAGCAUUGCCCUCGAUCUGGCCAAUUCCAAGGAUUUGGUCAUGUCCACUGUUUAUUCGCUCCUGAAUUAUUUUCCGGGCGGCAAUACAAAUAGUCUCGCUCCUCCAGGCAGCAGUCGUCCAUCUUCACGCAUGGGUGACGCGCAGAGCGUCAGAUCGACGGGUACAACCCGCGGCCGCUCAGAUCUCGAACGCGAGACCGUCAGCAUCAGCACUCUCUAUGCUGUCACUUACCUAGCUCAUCACUUCAAAGAUCGAGAGAUCACACGGCUCUCAGUAUCUCUUAUGCUCCAGAAGCUUACCGGCACGGGCUCCGACAAAGUACAAGCCGCUAUACUCUAUAAUCUGGCAGAUCUCGGUCCUCUCGCGGAGAAGACGGAGUUCAUCGACAUCAUCAAGAGGUUCUCCGAGAUCAGCCAGAGUAGCAAGGACGUUGAUUCGUCCAUCAUGUCGAGCUCGGUCUUGACCGCUCAGAUGCAACUUGCUCGAGGCCUGGCGAGCGAUGAUGCAAAAGCGAAGCUCUUGCUAAGCGAGACGCUUAGCUUGUUCAUCGCUAAAGGUCUUGUAGCCCAGCAGGCUGUCGUUCGCUCGGGCGGCGAAGUACCACACUACACCAACCAGCUCAUGGCACUUUUGCCCGUUCUAGAGGCUGUCGUGGGCCUGCCCUCGUUCGAUCACGAAGAAACGGACGAUGCAGAGCUCACGUCCAAAUUCCGCAACAUGUGGUACUUGUGCAUCUUGUUCGGCUUCCUUUCGCCUUCUUCGCGCAUACAAGUUUGGCAGAAGCUUUCGUUGCACCGUAUCGCUGCCAAGACACCCUGUCUGGCUCGACACGCGGGAAGCAAAUUCAUAGAAGAAGAGCUCGAAUACAAUGUCAUAUUGCGCAAGGACUUCCCGCUCGGCUACUUCGAGGCCCAACGUUCUGAGCUUGGCGCUGCGAUUCCUCAGCACGCCGGUCAGAUCCGUACGCUCUCGCUGCCGCAGACGAUCUUCCUCAUCACCGUGCUUAGACUUGAGAUGCUUCGCGCAAACACGACACACUCUGCUACGAUGCUCCAGUAUUUUUCCAACGAUGGCAUCAAUUCAAGUCCGAUAUCUGGUUGCCUGGCCUCGAUAGCCGACAAAGUCAACGAGACGUACAGAGGUGCACUUAAUGACCAAGUCAGUCGUCACUCGGUGAAGCCGGAAGCUUUCAACGAAUUGCGCAAGAUGAUCAAAGCCUGCUGCUCGCCGCAAGCACCUGCUCGCAAGGUCGCCUUGCGUUACGUGGACAAUGUCAUCGGCUCUUUCCCUUCGCUUCUGUGCGACUUGACAACCGUGACGACUCUGCUUGAGCUUCUGACGCUCCUGCGGCAUGCUUGCGAGGCUCAAUACGAGAAUACCUAUCGCCCCCGCUAUUCCUAUCACUCGCGUCGAGCCGAUCUCACGCUCGAGCUGCCAGAUAAUUAUGCUAUCAGGGAGCAGGUUUUGACCGACUACUAUAAGCACGCUCGUGCCUGGUUGGUCACUGUGCUUGCACGUGCGCCGAUUGAGAUGCAAGGCAUCCUGCAGGUCUAUGUCGACGAUUCCGGUGCAUCUGGCCAGCGUGGCGUCGAGAUGGGCAAGUCAGUCGCAAUCGAUGUCGCUCGCUCGAUGCCAACAAAUGCAAGGGAAUCUGCUCUGCCUGCCUUCGGUGGCUGGAAGCCAGAUUCGUCGAGCGCUUUUGCGGACAUCAUGACCGCGCGCCACUACUUUAGCGGACACACGAAGCUCAGUCCACAUGAUAACGUUACUCAGAUCAAGCAUCGCAUGCAAGAUCUUGCUGCUGCCAUGCAUAAGAGUCGAGUAAACAAAGGCUCCGGCGAGAAGAGCAAGGCUUCUAUAAAGCCGGCUGACUUACGCACGCUUCUCUAUCGUGCUGCCGGCGCAUUGAUCGCUGCCGAGCAGCCAGACUAUGACAUUUUGCACUACAUUGUGUGGAUACCGAUGCACGUCUUCUCACCGCUGGCGCUACGCUCUGGCGUCGAAGUAUGGUCGUGGCUCGUCGAUGCAAAGCCAGAGCUCGAAGUCAAGAUCAUGACCGAGCUAACGGCGGAAUGGUCAUGGACGAUGCGUCGUCGCCGAGGUCUUUUCUCGUCCUCGAUGAACAGUAUCAAUCCAAUGCUGGAAGAAACUCAAUUCACUCCGACCGACAAAAAGGCCAUGGACGAGCAUGCUAAUGCUGCUCGUCGUCUGCUCCAGCCUCACUCGAUUCUGCUCGACUUUUUGACCAGUCGCUAUCAAGCCUAUCGCUACCGUGAUGCUGGUCUAGUUGCGGCAGCUCGCCGACUAGUCGUUCGCUCGCUGGACGCGUACAAGCAAUGGAGUUCGCACCCACUUGCACGAGAGCUGCGCAACAAGUUCCUUCUCUUUGGCUUCAUGAUUCUGCAAGGUUCCCAGAUGGAAGGCUCGAUCGAGUACAAUCUACGCGAACGGCUGUAUACUGCGGCUCUCCAUUGGUUCGCAAGUGCGCCGCUAUGGACGUACGGAGCAGAUCGUCUUCAGAUAACUGGCGAUGUGCGUGCGCUCCGAGAGCUGCUUGCCAUCGUCGAGGUCGAUCGUCCGGCUUCAGACGUCAUCGAAACAAGCUUUCACUCGAUUCAACAGAUUGUGACACUGCCUGGUAAUCUACCAGCUGCCUAUGGCAGUCAGCGCAUUGCGAAUCGACGCAAGCUGCUCGCACUUUUACUUGACAAUGAAGUAACCCGACUCGCAAUCUGGCUCAAUCCGCUUGACGACAAACGCAAGAGCUUGCCAGGCAUUACGACCGCGGCCAAGAGCGUUGACGAUGCCACGUUCCGUCAAGCUGUCCAGACUGCCUGGCGGACUGAUCCUGCUAUCGCCGUACACAUGGCCGCCCGUUUCAAGAGCAAUGCAGUCAGGAACGAAGUCCGCUCGCUCGUCUUGCGCUAUCCUCGUCAAGCGCGAGAUGUCCCUGAGGCACUCGAGUAUGUGGCUGCUGACAAGCUCACGACCGCCGCGCGACCAGCACUCAAGCAUCUUAUCUUCUGGGCCGCUUCGACGCCCGUCAUUUGUACCCGUUUCUUCCUUACAGCAUACGAAGGCGAGCCCCGACUGUUGCAAUAUGCCAUGCGCGUUCUCGAGCACCACCCGAUCGAGCUCAUCUUCUUCUACAUUCCCCAAGUCGUACAAGCUCUGCGCACAGACGAGACCGGCUAUGUAGAGCGCUUCAUUUUCGAGACUGCCAAGAUCUCGCAGCUCUUCUGCCACCAAAUCAUUUGGAACAUGAAGGCCAAUUGCUUCAAGGAUGACGAGGGCGAAGAGCCAGACCCAAUGAAGCCUACGUUCGAUCGUCUGAUUGAGUCAAUCGCGUCUUCGUUGUCUGGCGAAGCUCGUGACUUUUACGAGCGCGAAUUCGAGUUCUUCAAUACUGUCACGUCGAUUUCGAAGAAGCUGCAGCCCCUGAUCAAGAAGAGCAAGCCCGAGAAAAAGGCCAAGAUCGACGAAGAGAUUGCUCAGAUCGUUGUCGAUCAAGGCGUCUACCUGCCCAGUAAUCCUGACGGCGUCGUCGUCGACAUCGAUCGCAAGUCUGGCCGCCCACUACAAUCGGCGGCUAAAGCACCUUUCAUGGCAACGUUUAAAGUCAGACGUGAGCGCAAGCGCGGCAAUGAGGACGAUAUGGAAGACGGCCUCAUCGAAGCUGAAGAGGAAGGCGGCGCAGCCGGUGAUUCUGCAGAUACAUAUGAUACAUGGCAAGCUGCAAUUUUCAAGGUCGGAGACGAUUGUCGACAGGAUGUGAUGGCGUUGCAAGUCAUCGCCAUGUUCAAGAACAUCUUUAGCAACAUCGGCCUAGAGCUCCAUCUGGUGCCCUAUCGCGUGACUGCCACUGCACCGGGCUGCGGCGUCAUCGAUGUCGUGCCUAAUGCCACUUCGCGUGACGAGAUGGGCCGAGCCAAGAUCAAUUACUUGCUCGACUAUUUCACUCAGACCUUUGGCGCCAUCGAAUCAGUCCCUUUCCAGAAGGCACGGAUCAGUUUCAUCCAGUCCCUGGCGGCCUACUCGGUCCUGUGCCAUAUCAUGCAAAUUCGCGAUCGCCACAAUGGCAACAUCAUGAUCAACGAGACCGGCCAUCUCGUCCACAUCGAUUUCGGCUUCUUGCUCACUAUCGGACCCGGCGGCAUGCACUUCGAGCCGUACAGUUUCAAGCUGUCGGACGAAUUCAUCGAUGUCAUCGGUGGAAAGAAGAGUCCAGAGUACCAGUUGUUCCGCGAGCUCGUCGUCAAGGCUUUCCUGGCUUGCCGACCCUAUGUCAACGACGUCGUUGCAGUCGCAGAACUCAUGUACGGCACUGGCCUGGCAUGCUACUCCGGCAAGAACGCUCUGCCAGAGCUGCGAGAUCGCUUCAAACCUGAGAUGACCGAGCAACAAGCUACAAAACAUAUGAUUGGGCUCAUCGACAAUGCCGAGACCAAUGUUCGCAGCGUCAUGUAUGAUCAGAUUCAGACCAUGCAGAACAGUAUCCCUUACAAUCGUGGAAAGAUAUUCGGCGUCUUCCGAUCGCUGUUGCUGGUAAGAGCAUCUAUCGAGUCCCAGCUGAUCAGCUUCAGCCUUGACCGCUCACUCGAAAGGGACGUCAACAUUUGGCCACAGAGGCACACAGUCUGUGCGCUACCUGUCUGUGGAGGACAGCGCAAAGACAACAAUAGCUCCACGGUCCCCACGAGGAGCUUGCAAGACAGCGGAGGCAUGUCUUCGACGAACGAGAAAGCAACGUUAGCGGACAAGGAAGUCUACGAUGAGAAGGCUGCGAAUGUAGAGUCGAAGCCUCUGUCCGUGCCAUUGCCGAGUCAUCCUCGCUCAGGCACUGCCACACCAAAGCCUCGGAUGACUAGCAAUAUUAGCUCCGGCAUCCUCUCCCAGUCUAUGGCGCCGGGACAGAGCAAUCCUCCUCUCACGCCCGCAGUGCUUGCGUCUGCAAUGCGGCCCGCUCAGAAACCGCGCAAAGGCAGGCCGGGGGGCAUCAGCUUGCCAGAUGACAACCGCAAGGUCAAGGUCGAAGGUGCUCCGUACGGUGUUCGGUGGCAUUCCAUUGUCAAGAGGAUCAAGCGUCCCUCGAGCGUCGUCACCGGCUCCGGCCAGUCAUCAAACCAAUCUAGCGUGCUCGACGAUGCCAGUACAUCUACUUCCACUUUCACUAUGGGCCGCCUCGCCCGAAGAAUCGCGAGAGGCGCACACAGUCAGACCACUGACGGCUCGAGAAGCGAGACCGAUGCCGGUGCUUGCAGCGAGGCUGACCCGGACGAGGGUGAUCCGAUGCAGGGACAUCCUUCGAGUACGCACGACGGCUACACGGACUUCCUCGUGGUCGACAGCAAAUUGCCUGGCAUCGCGCCCGACGGCUCACCCUAUGGGAGCGAUGAGCGUGACUCUGGCAGGCCGGGCUACGCAGAAGAUCUCAACCCUUCCGACGGUGGCUCUGACCGCAGGCAAUCCGUGCCUGGCGGUACAGCUGCCUAUACAGACACAAGCACGCGCAGAAUGUAUUUCCACGAGCACGCCUUCUGGCGAGUGUGGCACUUUUGGAACAACUUCUUCUUUCUCAGCUUCGCAGAUCCAAAGAGCGAGCGUCACCGCAGGCGAGAAGAGUGGCAGCUGGGCAAAGGAAUGGCACUCUUUGGCUCAUGUUAUUACCUCAUCUCGUGGGCACUUCUGAUUGGUCUCUUCCCCAAGCCCUCCGACAUCGUCAACAGAGUCUUCGUAUGGGGACUCAUCCCUGGGCUGACCAUCUGGCUGCCCUUUGCUGUCAUUUUCGAUGCUCCAAAACGGCAUCCGUUGCCUUAUCAGAUCUAUCUCUGGAUUGUCACUUGGCUGUUGCCGCUACAUUGGCUGACCGACAUGCACUACUGCGGCUACUAUACCACACACGCUCAUUGUGGCUCAAAGGACUUCACGAGCGUCUUCUAUGCAUUGCUUGCACUGCCGACUGUUUCUCUCUUCGCUCUCUGUCAACGCAGGCUACCGCAUGCCCUCGGCGUGCUCGCCAUGACCAUUCUUAUGGCUGUCUUCAUUGUGCCAAUCCGUCGCCUCUGGAUCCGCAAUGUCAUCAAUUUCGUUCUGUUCCACGGCUUCCUCAUGUACAUUUCCUUUGCCCGUGAACGCGCCGAACGACAUCUUUCGCGUCUGCGGAUGGAGCUCAAGACACAAUACAUUGCCGUCCAGAAAGCUCAGAUCAACGAACGGAAGACGGGCGAUAGCAAACGAAGGCUCACUUCUUAUUUAUUCCACGAGGUCAGAGUACCCCUCAAUACCGCUCUACUCUCUGCACAGAACAUGGGUGCUGCUGGCGUCUUCAGCGAUCCCACCUAUGCCGAGCUCGAUCUAGAAUUUUCUGCACUCGAAGGCUCGCUCGUCAUGAUGCAGAAAGUGUUAAAUGACGUCUUGGACUUCCAACGCUUAGAUGCCGGCCGGCUCGAAACAGUCUGCCGACCGUUCAGCUUCAGCAACAUCCUCAAAAGCAUCUUGCUGUCAUGCAAAGUUGCGGCGAGCGCUCGAGGCAUCACUUUGGAGACCGAUCUAGAUCCUCGUAUCGAUCAAUUCUUGCGCACUGUCGGACGCUCGCCAGGCGUCAUUGGCGGGCCGGGCGAGGACUUUAUAUCUGGCGACAUGAUGCGUCUGCGACAAGUCUUGACAAAUAUAACGUCAAAUGGUAUUAAAUUCACGCCCGCAGGCGGAACGGUCAAAAUUGUCACAAAGCUACUUUAUCCUGCAAUCGAGCUCAAGAAGCCCGUGCUCAAGCAUGCAACCAGCUACAUGUCCGCUGGUGCGCAAAGUGCUAGCUCUUUAAAUGGAGGAACACUCGCUCGAGAAUGGUCUCGAGCAAAGUCUGACGAUAUCGAGGGCAACCAUCCCGAUUUUGCCAAGAAGUACAUGCGGCCGCGCAAAGAGCACGUCGUCUUACGAUUUGAGAUACAUGAUACAGGAUGCGGCAUACGCAGCAGAGACCUGCAAGAUGGCCGGCUCUUUAGCGCUUACGUCCAGACUGAGCAAGGCAGAGCAAAGGGUGGCAAGGGUACCGGUCUUGGUCUCGCUCUCGUUCGACAUAUCGUGCAGCUGCAUGGUGGUAGACUGGGCGUGAGCUCACGUCAAGGUCAUGGAUCAUGCUUCUGGGUCGAGCUGCCCUACGAAGUCGGCGCGAGCGUACUCAAAUCCGUCGACAAGGAUGCCCUCGAGAAUUACGGUUACGACAAAGUCUACGGCAACACGCCACCAGUCAUACUGGAAGCCGGAGGUGGACUGAAAAUCCAAGGAUCUGCCAUUGUAGGCGAUAAGCUCACGCCCACAACAGAGCAGCGCAACUUCGACUUCACUACCUUGGCGGUACUAACAACCGAUGGCUCAUAUUCGACUACGUCAUCGGCUCCAACAGAGCCCCUUGUGAUGCCUGCUACGUCAAGGACAGGUGCGCAAGCACCUGUAGCGACAAGCACGGCACUGCCGCCGAGUGAUCCGGCUGCGGUCGCGCUAUCCGCACCUCUUGCCAAUGCGCCAGAGACAACCUUGUCUGCGCCUACGCUUGAUCGUCCUGCGAUAGAGAACCGUUCGCAAAGUGGGCCGGCACGCAUGGGCUUGAUUCGAGCAGCGAGUUCUGCAGCAUCUGGUUCGCCACCCCUCGACUUGCCAUUCCGGAAGCGACGCGUGCUCUGUACAGACGACGACCAGCUCACUCGACGGCUGAUGACACGAAUGCUCACUCGACUAGGCUGCGAGGUCGUUUGUGCAGAGAAUGGGCGACAAGCAUUGGAAGUACUGCUCGGCCAACCUUGGAGUGCAAUUGCCCGCCGCCUGAAUCGGGCUGACAAUUUCUAUGUUGACGGCCCUGCGUCUGCGGCCACGCAGCCGACCGACGAGAUCAGCGAUCCAGCCUAUUUCGACGUCAUCUUCAUGGACAACCAGAUGCCGCUUUUACGUGGUGUCGAGAUGGUUUCAUAUCUGCGUCUGCUGGGACGCAAAGAUCUGCUCGUUGGUGUGACGGCCAAUGCUCUCAAAUCAGAUCAAGACGAAUUCCUUGAUGCAGGCGCAGAUCGCGUCCUGACCAAACCUCUGAUGGAAGCAUCGCUCAAGAGAAUGCUUGCGCUUUCCGACAGGGAUAAUACUUGA